AUGAUGUUGAAAUUCUAUUUUUCAAACAUCAUCCAACCUGAAAUCACCACCUUAAGAUCAGGCAUCACAUUAUACUCAAAAUAUUCAAACUAAACUUAUGAAAGUUAUUGCUUCAUGUUUAGAGGAGGUAUUCGUUCAGAAAACUCAGCAUAAUAAGGUUCAUUAGUAUCACUAAAAAUAUUGUAACAUUUGUAGAUAGAGUAAGCAUAUUUUUCAAUUUAGCAAAUUUCUAUUUGAAUCUUAAUCUUGGUCUAAUUUUAUGAUAACCCCAGAAUUGCAUAAUAUAAAUUGUCUAUUCUUGGAUGAAGAUCGCAUAAGUGCUGCUGACUAUAUAUGUAGUGUAGCACUUCAAAAAUAGAAAAUGACAUUAUAAUUAUCCAAAAUUUCAAAUUAUUUAAGCGUCUAAUAGUAAAAAUUUCAUGGCUCAAUAUCACAAAUUUUGUUGAAAGUCUAUUUUCCAUAACUAAGCUUAUUAAAUGUUAUCCCAGAAGACUAACCUUUUUAAACCUUUUAAAGUACUCAAAUUACAAAAAAUAAUUGCAUAAUUGGAUAUUAAGGAAGAAGAGAACAUGAGGAGAUUGUUAGUAUAUUUGAACAAUUGAUUCCUAAUUAUUAAGAAUGUAAUCUUUUCAAUUCAAAUUAUGUAGUUUUAGGGAGAGUUUUUGAUCCAUUUUAUUAAAUAGAAUAAUUUAAAAGUUAAACUAUAAGAAUUGAAAAUUAAAUUACAAGCGAUUUUGAAGUGCUUCUUUUAUUUUAAGGUCCAUCUUUAUAAGAUGAAAAACACUUGCAAAUUGAUACAAUUAUUAGUGAGAUUUUAGGAAAUUUAGGUCUGUUUAUUGAAUAAUCCAUUAGAUGAAUAAAAAGGAGAGAUUGGGUUCAAAGUUAAAUCAAGAUGUUAUGAUAAAUGUAAUUGUUACUUUCAUCAUAGUGUUACAAUAUAACAACUUUCUCACAAAUGCUGGUUGUAUAUCCCAAGGUUUCAGUGAUUUUGGAUUAUUCGGCCUUUAUUUAAAGGGAAUGAAUACACACGUAGAAAUAACAUUUAAUUAUAGAAAUAAGAGAUUUACAAUUUAGCUAUUGAAGAAAUCUAAAAAUUAAGGGUUAUAAGUGAUAAUGAAAUUAUUAGAGCAAAGAAUAUUGUUAUCACUAAAUAUUAUUCAAACUUAUAAAGAUAACAUGAUCAACUUAUCUAUGAAUUAGAAAAUGUAAGAAUAUAGUCUAUGUAUGUAGAUCAUUUUAAAAGGAAAAUUGACUGUUUUAGAGGGCUUCAAGGACUAAAUAAAUGGGAUUACAAGAAAAGAUAUUGAGAAUAGAAUUGAGUAAUUAAUAGGUUCGAAGGAAUUAACAAUUAUUUAUGUAGGCAAAGGUUGUAAUUUAAUGGCUGAUGAGAAAUUAACCAGAAUGAGAAUGCAAUGCUGA